AGGCGCCCCCCCCUCCGCGCAGGGCCCCCGCGCGCGCGCGCGCCUCCGCGCGGAUGGCGCCGAAGAGGCGGCCUCCGCCGGCGUCGGCCCGGACGCUGCCGUCCGCCGUGGCGGUCAUCAGCGAGAUCGUGCCCGAGGAGGCCAGGGCCUGCUGGGAGAUCCGCAACUUCUCCCUCGUGGAGAAGGCCAAGGGGCGGCCCCACUACUCCGGGCCCCUCGUCGAGGCGGCGGGCGCGCGCUUCGGGAUCCGGGCCGUGUGGGGAGGGAAAGAGGACGGCCAAGACAUUCCCCGGUGCGGACUGUACUGCGUGCGGGAGGGCGAGACCGACACGUCUUUGGAGCCAGUGAAGGCGCUUGUCGCCAUCACCCUCGUGGGCUCCAGGACCAACAUCACCCGGCAGUCCAGAUCCGCCGGGGAGUUCAAGGCGGCGGGUCACCACAAGAGGGGCUGGAGCAACAUCAUAGAGCUCGAGAGCCUGCUCGACCCCGCCGGCGGCUUCCUCGUGGACGACACCGUCGUCGUAGAGCUCCACAUCAACGCGUGGAGGACAUCCCAGGAGAGUGCGCGCCGGCUGCCGUCGGCCCCCUCGGCAGGCCGCCGCUGCGGGGGCGGCAGCUUCGACGAGGCGUCGGCCAAAGAGCUCUGCGACGACUGGGCAGAGAUUUUCAUCGGGGAGGGCACGGACGUGGAAGUGCACGGCAGCCUGGCUCCAGAGGACCCCCCCGUGCGCGCCCACCGGCUGGUGCUGGCGGCGCGGUCUCCGGUGUUCCGGUGCAUGCUGUUGUCGUCGAGCAUGCUCGAGUCGCAGAUCCACUCGAAGCUCAAUCUGGAGGGCGCGGAUGCCAACAUCGCGCACCGCUUCGUGCGCUUCCUGUACAUAAACAAGCUGGAUCCGGACACCCUCCACAGCGAGGAUGCUCUGUGCCACCUGCUGCAACUGGCGCACCGCUACCAGGUCCGCACCCUCCUGCGGCAGUGCAUUGCCAACAUCACCGUGACGGCGGAAACUGCCGUCGAGAGGCUCGUGAUGGCCGAGCAGUUGGACAUCCCCGAACUCAAGGCGCAGGUGAUGACGUUUCUGUGCGGGUGCCGCGCCAGGCUGGCCGACAUCCAGCGCACGGACGCCUUCGCGCGCAUGUCCAGGAGCCUGCGAGACAACGUGACCCUUAUCAUCUGGGACUAUCUCGAGAAUCGGGGCCUCCGAAUUCUUAGGCUCUCUUUUGGCACGCUCAGAGUAUGAAGACACAUCAGGAUAACCCAGUUGAUGGACAUGCUUGAGAACAGCCACCAUAUAUCUGGAGAUGAACGUAACCU